AUAAAAGAGGUGACGCAACAUUCUCAAAUAAAAAUGCAGUGGACAGAAAUCUGUGCAGAGGAGUUGGGAUUUUCUCACCACAGAGAUCUGAUUAUUAUUUCAAACAAGGAGACGUUGUAGGUGGAUUUCAUUCGACAGAGCGAAGAUGUCGACUCUGGCUCUUCAGGCAGUUGUCAUCUGUGUUCUCCUACAGGUUCCAGGUGUCUUCCCAUCAUGCCUCAUAACGGGCCCCAUAGCCAGCUGUGCCCACCAGAACCUGCGUUGGGUUCCUGCUCUCCCUCCGAACAUCACCCACCUUUACCUGGAAAUGAAUCGAAUUGGGGAAAUCAACGCCACGUCAUUGUCAGGCCUUGAGAAGUUGCAGCAUCUGGACCUUGGACACCAGUUUAAGCCACUUGUGAUCAGAGACAACGCCUUCAAAAAUCAGAGACACCUGACCAGACUCACACUGGGCUCCAACGUUGGCCUUCAGCUGGAACCUCAGGCCUUCGUGGGUUUAUCCGCUUUGAAAAACCUGGACCUGAACUACUGCUCACUUCAGGACAGCAUACUGAAGGACAACUACAUGGAGCCGCUGACGUCUUUAGAGACUUUGAACCUGUUUGGUAACAAAAUAAACAGAAUCCAGCCAUCGAUGUUCUUUAAAAACAUGACUCAUUUGAAAGACUUGAAUCUCAAGCUGAACAAAAUCGACAAGAUAUGUGAGCCUGAUCUGGCUGGUUUUGAAGGAAAGCGCUUCAGUUUCUUGCACCUAGACUCCGUCUUCCUCACAAAAAUGAAUGCAAGAAGCUUUGACUGGGAAAAAUGUGGGAAUCCCUUCAGAGGAAUGUCCAUCGAGACACUUAGCUUUUCCAGUAACGGGUUAGGAUUACACCAACUGAAGCAGUUCUUUAAAGCCAUCAAGGGGACUAAGAUCUCUCAUCUCAAACUGUCAGGACAUGUGGGGAGAGGAUUUUCAUUCAACAACCUUCCUGAUCCGGAUCGCAGCACAUUUGAAGGCCUGAGGAACAGUUCAUUAAACAUCUUAGAUUUGUCUAAGAACAGGGUAUUUGCAUUGCAACAGGGGGUUUUCAGUCCGCUCAAAGACGUUAAAGUCAUUGAUAUUUCACAAAACAGGGUGAAUCAGAUACGCAGGAGAGCCUUCGAAGGUCUUCAGGGACACUUAAUAAUGCUCAACCUCUCUUACAACCUGCUCGGGGAAAUCUAUUCUGACACUUUUUCAUCUUUGACGUCUUUGAAAAUCCUGGAUCUAUCUCACAAUCACAUCGGUGCACUUGGUUUUAACUCUUUUAGCGGACUUCCCAACUUAAAAGCUUUAUUUCUCACAGGAAACUCCAUACGACAACUAGGUUUCCUUGCGUCGUUACCAAAUUUAGAUAACCUGAUGCUGAACAACAACAGGUUGGCGUCGCUGUAUGGUAUCACACAGUUGGCCAAUAACACUACGCAUCUAGAUAUUUCAUACAACAGAUUAACAGAUCUAGCGGGUGUUGACACCAUUCUAAGUACAAUGAAAAACCUUCAGUAUCUUUUUUACGGAGGAAACACAAUUAGAUGGUGCACCCCAUAUAGACGUGCAUCAGUUACCGAUCUAAAAAUCCUGGAUCUUCACAGCAGCUCCUUGCAGUCUAUUUGGUCUAAAGGGAAAUGUCUGGAUCUGUUUGACAAUCUCAGCAAUGUAAUUAAACUAAACUUGACCUUCAACAGCCUGCAGACUCUUCCCACAGGCAUCUUCAAGGGUCUCACAUCAGUACUGGUGAUUGACCUCUCAUCCAACGCCUUGACUUAUCUCCAGCCAGACGACUUCCCCAAAAGUCUGCAAUUUCUCAGCCUCGCGAACAACUUCAUAGCCUCCCCGCCUCCAUCAGCUUUCCACUCUCUCCUCUUCCUCGACCUCAAAAUGAAUCGGUUUCACUGUGGACCUGAUCUGAACGGCUUCCUGACUUGGAUGAAGGAGACCAACGUGACCUUCGUAAGCCCUGUAGAGGAGCUCAGAUGUGAAUUUCCAUCUAGUUUCCAAGGUGUUAAACUUUUGGAUUACUCUGCUCAGGUCACACAGCAGUAAAAACAAAGAAAUUCAAGGAAAAAAAAAAAAAAAAUC